AUGGCCAAGAACGAUGGACCAGAAUUUGAAAAGCUUGGCAUGAUAGGAGUGGGAAGUAUGGGUGGCAUGAUGUCGCUCUUGUAUGCAGAAUAUGGAGUCGAGAUCCAUUACUAUGAUCCAAGCGAGGAGAAUGUAAACAAAUUGAGAGAGUAUGCAAGGAAUGCGGGCCACAAUGUCGAUCAUCUCAUCGUCCACCAGAACGAUUACAAAGAGUUGUGUGAAAGUCUAGAAGCGCCAAAUGAGCCGAAGCUCUUCGUCUUCAGUAUUCCACAUGGAGCUGUUGGAGAUGAGUCGGUGAAAGGACUCCGCCCAUACUUGAAGAAAGGGGAUAUUAUUCUUGAUUGCUCGAACGAGCAUUGGACGAACACUGAGAGAAGACAAAAGGACCUCGAACCUGAUGGGAUUCAUUACAUUGGCUGUGGCGUUAGUGGUGGAUAUCAGAGUGCCAGACAUGGGCCAUCAAUGUCACCUGGUGGCAACAGCGAAGCCUUGCAAAAAGUCAUGCCAUUCUUGCAACGCGUUGCAGCGAAGGAUAAACAGGGGCGACCAUGUGUGACCCCCAUCGGACCUGGUGGGAGCGGGCACUACGUUAAAAUGGUCCACAACGGUAUCGAGCAAGGCAUGAUGUCGGCGGUUGCAGAAGUGUGGUACAUCAUGAACCGAUGCCUUGGGAUGGAGUACGAUGAAAUUGCCAAUAUCUUCGAGUCAUGGAAUGCGAAAGGGCCACUUCGAGACAACUUUCUCGUCUCGAUAGGCAUUGACAUCAAUAGGAGCAAAGACAAAGACGGCAACUAUGUACUCACCAACGUGCAAGACAAAGUCGUGCAAGAUGCGGACGACUCAGAAGGUACCGGUAUCUGGACCUGCACCGAGACGAUCCGCCUGCAUGUCCCCUCUCCAACAAUCCUGACAGCACACUCCUUCCGCCUUGGCUCCGCAGACAGAUCCCAACGCCUCGCAGUAAACAAAUCAUUCAACGGUGGGACACAGCCAAGCAAGAUCAAACUCGCAGGCUCAGAUGACAACACGAAAAGUAAGACUGCAUUCAUCAACGACCUCCAGCAUGCCCUUUUCGCUACGUUUCUCUGUUCCUUUAUACAAGGCCUCCACAUCCUGAAGAGAAUGGACGCCCAGCAAUCCUGGAACCUGGACUACCGCAAUAUCAUCCAGAUCUGGCGCGGCGGCUGCAUCAUCCAAUCCGACUACAUCUCCGACCUACUGGACCACGUCUUCGAGCAACCCAACGAGACCGAUGAUGGCUCUCUCCUCUCCGUUGCCUCCAUCGGCGACGAAUUAAGCCAGGCAUUCACGUCACUGAAAAAUGUGGUCUUGCGGUCUAUUGAAGCCGACGCCUACGUCCCUAGUCUCAGUGCCACACUGGAGUAUAUCAAGUAUUCGGCAUCGACGGAUCUGCCGACCCAGUUCAUGGAAGCAGAGUUGGAUUUCUUUGGUGCGCACAACUAUGAUUUGAAGUCUGAGGGGCCGGGAAAACCAGUUAAGGGAAGGCACCAUUAUGAGUGGCGGCCGGCAAGGGGGAUUGUGGAUGACGAGAGGGGUGGCGGGAAGUAA